AUGAUAGCCAUAGUCGAGUCCUCCAAUGCUUUUGGUGGGCUAACUUUGGGCGAACAUGAAUGGGAGGUUAUACUUGUUCGGGGCAAGUCUAUGGAGUUUGAGGAUAAUUUUGUCCAUGUUGUUUACGCUUUGGUUGCAGCUGCGGAACCAAGUGUUGUUUGGUGGUAUAAUGUAAACGGGGACAUUAUCCUCACAACCAAAAUGUGGGAUAAACCUAUCGAUGAUAGAGGUUACGUGGGAGCAGAGAAGCCAACAUGCAAGUCGGAAACCAGAACAUUGACAGCCAGCGAAGCUCCCUAUGAAUUUUACGUUGGGGACGUGAACACGAAUAUCCCGGGCGAAUACACGUGCACCGUUGUCGUAAACAAUGUGGGGACCAGAAAUAUCCUCGUGACUGUGGCUGCGGAUGGCCAAUCAAGUCCGGAUCAGUGUGUGGUGAUAAAGAACAAAUCUGGAUCUGGCAGUGGAGAUGGUACUCAAGUGUGCACGAGUGGAUCUCAUCCGGCAAUGUUUACGUCCAAAGGAAGUGGGAUUGAGAUACACUAUCCUGCUAAACACGUCUCGACGAUCAAGGCCUUCAGAGUGACUUUCGUGCUGGAUUCGCGAAUUCGAAAGUGCAAAGAUAUCGCCGGUCCGCUCGCAGCUACUGAAAGUGUAUCUGAGUUCUACAUCGGAGAAGCGAACACGAAUAUCCCGGGCGAAUACACGUGCACCGUUGUCGUAAACAAUGUGGGGACCAGAAAUAUCCUCGUGACUGUGGCUGCGGAUGGCCAAUCAAGUCCGGAUCAGUGUGUGGUGAUAAAGAACAAAUCUGGAUCUGGCAGUGGAGAUGGUACUCAAGUGUGCACGAGUGGAUCUCAUCCGGCAAUGUUUACGUCCAAAGGAAGUGGGAUUGAGAUACACUAUCCUGCUAAACACGUCUCGACGAUCAAGGCCUUCAGAGUGACUUUCGUGCUGGAUUCGCGAAUUCGAAAGUGCAAAGAUAUCGCCGGUCCGCUCGCAGCUACUGAAAGUGUAUCUGAGUUCUACAUCGGAGAAGCGAACACGAAUAUCCCGGGCGAAUACACGUGCACCGUUGUCGUAAACAAUGUGGGGACCAGAAAUAUCCUCGUGACUGUGGCUGCGGAUGGCCAAUCAAGUCCGGAUCAGUGUGUGGUGAUAAAGAACAAAUCUGGAUCUGGCAGUGGAGAUGGUACUCAAGUGUGCACGAGUGGAUCUCAUCCGGCAAUGUUUACGUCCAAAGGAAGUGGGAUUGAGAUACACUAUCCUGCUAAACACGUGUGGGCGAUUAUUUCAUUUCGCGUUAUUUAUAGCCUAGAACGUCAAACGCCAUCGGUUUCCACUUGCGGGGAUGGAGCAGAUUUUCUGACUGCAAAACAAGAACCACAGGAGUUCUACAUCGGAUCCAAGGGGAAAACUAUCCCACUGACUUUUGCCUGUACCGUUAAAAUUCAAAGCAAAAGCGGUGGAAAUAUCACAGUGAAGGCUGUCGAGGAUGGGGAAGCACAACGAGGUAAAUGCGUGGUUGUUAAACACACGAGGACAUCAGAGAUUAUUUACUCACUUUGCGCAAGUGAUGAAAUCAAUUUCAUAUCGAUUCCCAGUCCAAUCGAAGUGUCGUUUCUGGAACCAAUAGUCCCCGAUUUGAGAGCUUUCAAAAUUCAGUAUUCAUUGGAAUCCGAAAACACCGCUAUAGCAUAA